GUGCGAGCGAGCGGGCGGUCCCGGGACAGCAGCAGCUGCUGCAGCGGGAGGAGCCGCCCCGGCUCGCUGCUGCAGCGGGAGCCGCCCCGGCUUGGAGCUCCGCUUCGCCGGGCUACGGAGCUAGCACCUGGCGCCCCGGGGUGGGCUUCAGCGGCCAGAGGCGAGCUGCCGCGGAAGCGCCGCCCGCCGCUGCCCGAAGUUCCCUCGCCGCUCCUCUCCGUGCCCGGCAUGACUUGCAAGGGCUCAUCGAGCUGGGGGCUUUGGGUGGCCCCUUUGGCUGCGCUGCUGUCUCUGCGAGGUCUAGUGAGUCCUCUGGAGGUGUUCAUGAACACAAGGAGUGUAGAAGUUGCUCGAGGCCAAACUGCGGUCCUGCCCUGUACCUUCACCACCAGUGCUGCGCUCAAUAACCUUAAUGUCAUCUGGAUGGUCAUUCCACUCUCCAAUGCCAAUCAACCUGAACAGGUUAUUAUUUACCAGGGAGGUCAGAUUUUUGAUGUUGCACCCCAGUUUUAUGGGCGAGUGGGGUUUGCCAUGACGAUGCCAGCCACUAGUGCCUCCAUCUUCAUCAACAACACCCAGCUCUCAGACACCGGGACUUAUCAAUGUUUGGUCACCAAUCUCCCAGACCGAGGCAGCCGGAAUAUUGGAGUCAUCGGGCUUAACGUCUUGGUUCCGCCAUCUGCCCCAGUCUGCAGAAUUCAGGGCUCUUUGAACAUUGGCAGUGACAUUACAUUGACCUGCAAUUCAGAAGAAGGCAUCCCGCAUCCAACCUACUACUGGGAAAGACUGAACAGUGCUCCCAAGUUGCCUCCGACAGCCACACAAGACCAAGUUCAGGGAACAGUCAUUCUUCGCAACAUUAGCACUGCAUCAUCAGGACGUUACCAGUGUGUGGCUUCUAAUGUCAUUGGAAGCAGCACCUGUUCUCUUGAAAUUCAAGUAAUUGCACCCCAUCCCCGGAGCAUUGGCCUGAUUGCUGGAGCUGCAGCUGCAGGGGUAGUUGUGCUCAUUGUCUGCAUUGUUGCAGUGGCUGUGACACUCUUUUACUGGAAGAACAAACACAAGGAGGAAGAGGAGGAGGAGAUUCCCAAUGAGAUAAGGGAGGAUGAUCUGCCACCCAAAUGCUCUUCAUCCACAAAAGCAUUCCACGGUGAUGCUUCCUCAUCAGAGAAUGACACUCUCACUUCAUCCAACACGUACAACAGCCAAUACUGGAAUGACCCCAAAGCAAACCAUGCCACAGACUCCUUCAGUCGCCUCCACAAUGAUGCACGCCAGUCCUUUUCCCGCUGUGGAAGCACCAAUGCCCGCUCUGUCUACGCCAAUGGAGGCCACUCAGCUCCCCCUCCACCCAAGACAUUGGUGGUAACAACCAAUACAGCCCCCUCUCCACAGGAGAUGGCUAGAAGCAAUGGCUCAGUGAGCCGGAAGCCAAGACCCCAGCACACUCGCUCCUAUGCUGUGAGCCAGGCAACGCUGGAGAGGAUAGGUGCGGUGCCUGUCAUGGUGCCAGUGCAGAGCCGAGCUGGCUCUUUGGUGUAGGAAGUGGGUGUGGUUCUAGGGAAAACAAGAACCUGUUGUUGCACUGAGUGGGGGGUGAAGACUUGGCCAAAACAAAGAGACCCUCCUCUUCCUCCCUGAAAUGCAUUGAAGGGGAUGAUCAAGCCUCUCCUCUGUGCUCUUUCCCCCACCCCAGUCACUCCCCACUGGUGUGAUGGUUCCCCCUUGGCUUUCCAACCCUUUAUGAUCUCAGGGGGCUCCUCAGCUGUGGCUUGGUGUGCCAAGGCCAAAUGGAGGGGCACACAAGGUGUCACAGGGGGCUGCUGCUGCACUUGGUUUCUAAGCUCUACCUAACAUGAAUGGGGAGAUGUUACCCCCGAGGAUGGCGAGUGAGGUGGGGUUUAGAGAGCCAACAGUCAAUGGAUGGGCCAUUAGAGGGGAAGACCCAACCGCCUUAAGGAUGGCACAUUGGCUGCUUGGCUCAAAAUGGAUAAUGUAGUUGGGGAGAAGUGGCGAAAUGCUGGUCUCAGAAGAACAAGUCAGGGAGAGAGUCACAAGACAGGUGAAGGGAGGAGGGGCAGAAUGGGAAUUGGUCUGAGAGCUAUAUUUUAUUCUUUCGUUUGUUCUUUCCAUCCCUCUCCUGCUUUUCCUCUUUCCCAAACUGAAUGUUCUGUAACCCGCUUGCCCCAACCUUGCACUAGUUUUUUGGAUGCUUCCAGCAUCGCCUUGUCACCUCCAUGGAAACUCUUUGAGUGCCACCUUGGCAUUGUUCCCAGAUGAGCUGCUUGGUGCCAGAAUGUGCUGCUGCUGUUUUGCUGUUGUUGAGAGGAGGAAUUUCUGAGGGAGGGAAUGGCGUGGGGCAGAAAGCUGAAGCCUCCAUUGCUUAUACAAAGCUGUGCUGUGUUUUCCAGGUGCGGGGCUGACAUUUUUCAAACAGCUGGGCUUUGACGCAUUUGCAUGGCAGGGUCCUGUCCCCUUAAUAGGGCUAUUUGGGGCUGGCUUGCAUGGCCAGGCUGACUGUUGAAUUCACACAUUUGAGGCUUCAUAUUUAACCUUCCUUUUAUUGGCUGUUUUGGUCUUCUUAUAGUACUGGGAGGGGGGAAGGAGAGAGAGAGAGUGUGCAAGGAAGCAGUGAGCGGCAAAAGGGUGCCUCAUGGUGGCAUUGGCCCCCAUUUCCCUCCUUGUGGCGGGGCUGACUCUAAGUGGCACCACCCAGUGGCAGGCUGGCAUGAGGCCCCAUUGCUUCUGUCUCCCUGCUUGCCUGCCCAACUUGACAGGGUUCACUUUUGCAAUUUUCAGUAGCCUUAAUUAAAACUGAGGAUUUAGAAUUUUCAAAAAAGCAAGCAAGGGUCUGUUCAUGCCCUGGAUGAGUUGUGAGGGCAUUUCCUAAUACCUCGAGAAGGCAGAGCCAAGGGACACCUCACUUGAGUCCCACUGUCCACACCUGCCUCAUCUGUAAUGCUGACACAUCCUGAUCUCCUUAAAGGGAAACUCGCCCCUUGGAAGCUCUUCUUAAGAGGCUUUCCUUCUCUGCACUGAUGGGGGGAAAAGACAUCCUUCCGAUCUAACCCCAGCACUAUGUGAGCGGGCAGUUUGUUUCACAGGCUCCCUUCCACCUUCCAAUAUGCACUGGAAAUGGGGUUCCUAGAGAUGGAUUUCUACUGCUCUUCCGCUUGCACUCUGCCCUCCCUGACUUCAUACUUUUCUUCCAAAUGGGCACAGAGGCUUGCUAGGAGAGCUCCCUGCCCAGGCCAUAUUUCCUUCUAUACCCACGCAGCAUCAUUGCAGAGAGAGUCCUUCAGGUUGCACUGGGUUUGAAGCUUAGCUGAGAUUCUGUGCCUUCUUUGUUCUCCUCCUCCCCUCUAAGUCCCUCUCCCCCCAAACCACAUACACAACUUGCUUCAUUGACUUCCGAGCACACCAGGUAGACAGAUGGGCUGCUGAAUUUAUACACGUUUUCCAGGGAGCAGUCUCUCCUCAUGUGCUCACUGCCGGUUGGUUUCUCCUUUCCAUACUUGGAGAGGUUUUUGGGGGGAGCAGUUUGGGGGGAUGGGGGAAGAGAUGCUUUAAAAAACAGCAAUGCAAAAAUAAAGGGGGUAAUAACACAGACAUGCAUUUUCUCUGCUUUUAUAACAACAAGAAAUUAGGACAUUUUCAAGGGAUGCUGCCCACAGCACCACACACUCCAGUGCUCAGAAAGCUUUUCUUUGUUCUACCAUUCAUGAGACUGUUCACUCUCCUCUUUCUUUGUUCUUUCUAACUGUCUAAAAAAAAAUUCAAUAAAACUUUUAUUCGUAUAAAAGGGGAAAA